AUGUUCUCAUUUCCGCUGCUCAUUCUGGUUCUAACUUCGGGUGCGCUCGGUUAUGUUUCGGGGUCUCCCGCUGUAGAGGAAGCCUACCAGGCGGUGGUGAGCAUCGUGUCUCCGGGACAGCAGCAUCUGACCGGGGAUUCCCUCCGGUCGCUCUUUAAUACGCUGGAGAACCGUGUGCAGUGCGGCGACGUGUCGUGUGAAAAGUGUGAUCUAGUUAAUGGCGCCGACCAGCUCAUUGGUAAUCACUCCGCUCACGAGGAUGAAGCGGCGGGAAAAGUCGGCGAAAACGUCACCAUCACCGUGUCUCAGUUCACUCCUCUUGCCGCCGGCUCUGUUCUGUACCUGACGGCUCCUGGCCUGGUCUGCACCGCCAUCGGCCAGGGCAGGUGGAGAGAGGAGACCGAACACUUCUUGCACCAAGUCACAGUUCACGACCACGGACAUCCCCACGAACACAAGGCCGAGUCGCGCGCACACACUCACAUGGACGAUCACGGAGUAGAGACGGUGUUUCUGAAGUUACGCAAGCACUAUGAGGCCACAGGCAACGAGAGCUGUGUCACAGCCAGCGUCAUCAUGGCGGAGAUCAACGCAACAUCACCGGCACAGGAUCAGGAAGUGGGUGCAGUUCUGGGCCGCGUCCUGUAUUACGCCCUGCAAGGUCGAUGCUUCACUGCCGAGUCGCUGCCCGAGGAGAGCUUCUUCCUCCACUACAUCAUGCACAAGCUGGGAUCAGACAACUUCACCGUGGAGGAUUUGGAAGCUUUUAUGAAGACCCUGAACAUCGGACCUGCAGACCAUGAUCACGGACACGAUCACGGACACGAUCACGGACACGAACACGCAGAGGUUGAACACGCUCAUGAUGAUCACAGCCGUCAAAGACUGAGGAAGAAGAGUGGACAUGAACACCAUGAGGAGCAUGAGACAAACAGCACCUGGGACCAUCGCUGUUUCUCUGCCGAAGAGCUCGUCCAGAUCUAUGGCCUGCCAGAAAACAGCGCCGCCUCUAGUCUGGGUCCGUCGGACAUGGCUCAGCUCAGUCCUGCUCUGGUGCAGCAGAUCCUGAGUGGAGCCUGUGCAGCAACCACAGAACCAGCUGGACCAGAUGGACUCACCAUGGCUCAGAGAUACCUCUAUGCAACCGCCGCCAACGUAGUGAUAACACUGAUGGCCAUGUUUGGUAUCGUGGUGCUGCUGUGUACGUCCUGCACGCAGGUCUUCCAGUUGUCUAUCCAGUUCUGCAUCAGCAUGGCUGUCGGUUCCCUGACUGGAGACGCCUUCCUGCAUCUGCUACCUGUGUUUCUGGGUCUACAUGUGCACGGAGCUGGCGAGAGCCAUGCAGAUCACAGUCAUGACGAAGGAGUUCCUGACCACAUAAAGAAGAUGUUGGUACUCAUUGCUGGGAUUUACUGCUUUUACCUGAUGGAAACAAUUUUCUCUCUGAUCACAUACAAAGGUGAUAAGCACCAUCAGCAGCAGCAGCACCAUGGGGAAGAUGGGGAGCCUCACCACUGUGACCAUGGGAGGGUUUUGGAGAUGUAUCAGCAGGAAAGGAAAGAAAAAGGCAACGCCAAGUCAGUUUCAAAAGCAGAUCUGGUUGACCUUGAAGAUGAAGAAAAAUCACUUUCCGAGCCGAAAAAGCGCAACAGAGAACAACGUCUGCUACCUUAUAUGAUCACUAUUGGUGACGGGAUCCACAACUUUGCAGACGGAUUAGCGAUAGGUGCAGCUUUCUCUCUGUCGUGGAAGUCUGGUCUGGCCACGUCAGUGGCUGUGCUCUGCCAUGAGCUUCCUCAUGAACUCGGCGAUUUUGCCAUUUUGCUCCAUUCUGGUGUAUCAGUUUGCAAGGCGUUACUUUUAAAUGUCGGCAGCGCCAUGACCUCAUUCGUCGGCCUGUACAUCGGUCUGUCUGUAGCCACCGACAUCGCAACCCAACAGUGGAUAGCAGCCUUGGCUGCGGGACUUUUUCUGUAUGUGGGUCUGGCUGAUAUGCUGCCUACCAUGAUCCACAUCAACAAUAACAAACCCUGGCUGGUGCUUCUGCUGCAGAAUGCUGGCCUUCUGACCGGGUGGAGUGCUCUGCUGCUGUUGUCACUUUAUGAAGACAACAUCGCCUUUUAAUACGCGGACUGUCAAGACGUCAGGCUGUUCGCUGGAUUCAUAUUCUGGGAUCAAGAUUGUAAAAACCUUUGGACACUGUUCACUGCGACAUGUCUGGGAGUUUAUGGGCAUAAAUGAGCUCAGAGAGACAGAGUGAAAAGCUGAUGUCAGCCAGAUGCUGCUAGUUACCACAAACAUAAGGUUAAAGAACCUGUCAGAUGUGGGACUUUUUCUUGGGAAGUGAUUAAAUUUGCUGAGCUUACUUGACUGUGUUCAACCAAUGUUUAGUUUGUGGUGGACAAAAACACCAGAAACGUGCAAUCGACUACAAUUAAACCACCACUAACAGCCUUCUGAUUUAAACAGUGUUUCUAUUUGAUUUAGGGUCCAAUAAGGUUGCUGUCAUGAACUACAUCAGAUGCAGCUGAAAAUAUCCAAUAUUCUCAAUUCUUUUUAUCACUGCUGAGAUUUGUCUUUUUGUAUCUUUUAUCUGACACAUUUUGUAGCUGAUGACACAUCAUGUCGCUCACUUUAAGUUACAUAACAUCAGUAGUAAUGGUGAGAUUAGAAGGGCAUUGUGAAAGUCCACAGUGACACAGAACUGGUGAUAAAAGUGUUCAGGUUUGUUCAGUUCAGCUUUUCUUCUUCUCGUUUUUUUUUCUUGAACUGCACUGAUAAAUGUGUGUUGAUAAAAAUAACACUAAGUGUCAGAAUGUAUUUUACAUUUGUGAGUUGCCCUUGUAUUGUACAGAGUUGUUUUUUUUUUUGUGCUUUUUAUGAAAAAUAUCUGUUGUCCAGUCGAGCAUAAACAAGAAUGUCAAUUUGCCAAAUAAAAAUAUACUGACCCACUUUCAGACUUAUUGUGCUAAAAGCUCAUGUAAUAUAUCAGUAAAUGUAUGCUGGUAUAAGCACUGUGGUUUACAUUCUGUAUUUUAGUGAUGUCCAAACAAUUUAAAACUAUCUUGAAGCUCAGUAGCUUCUUAAUGUUUGUUUUCUAACUAAACAGUCUAAUUUCACAGUUCCUGCAGUGGUUUGGAACAUCUCUGUUGUGUCUUGGAUGAACAUGA